AUGGGUCUCGCCUUCACGAAGAUAUGGCAGCGCCUCAUUGGGAAGCAGGAGAUGCGCAUUUUGAUGGUCGGCUUAGAUGCGGCCGGUAAGACCACCAUCCUCUACAAGCUGAAGCUGGGGGAGGUGGUCACCACGAUCCCAACCAUUGGGUUCAACGUGGAGACCGUUGAGUACAAGAAUCUGUCCUUCACCGUCUGGGAUGUCGGAGGCCAGGACAAGAUUCGCCCCCUGUGGCGCCACUACUACCAGGGCACAAACGGCCUGAUCUACGUGGUUGACAGCAACGACCGGGACCGAAUCGAAGAUGCCCGAGAAGAGCUCAACAAAAUGUUGAACGAAGACGAGAUGCGCGAUGCUGUGCUGUUGGUCUUCGCCAACAAGCAGGACCUGCCAAAUGCAAUGACUGCGGCGGAGGUCACUGAGAAGCUCGGGCUGCACAAUCUGCGCCAUCGCCAGUGGUUCAUCCAAUCCGCGUGUGCCACCACGGGAGACGGUCUAUACGAGGGUUUGGACUGGCUCUCACGGACACUGUCCUCAAAGCGCUGA